GAAAUGUUUUAUUCUUCUGUGUCUGGAUGGUGCGCUGGACUCGGAGCGCACAGCUGGGCCGGCAGAUAGGGGGCGGUAGGUCUCAGGGUCAGUGAGCUCGCCACAGGGUGAGCGAGGGGAAAUAAAUGCUGAGUCUAGCUUUUCAGAUAGUUAACUAUCGAGCAGCCGGUCUUGCGACUUCUGCAGAGUUGUGUAAGAGCGUGAAACCAGAGAUACCGUCUACCUUUUUUAUUCUUCCUGCAGAAGCACUUCUCUCAGGUGGUGACAGCAGCAGGAGGUCAAGAAGAUGUCUUCGUCCUGUCCUGUGCUGCUGUUUGCACUGGCCCUGGCGCUCCACGCUGUGGAAGUGGUCUCGACGGAGACGCUGUGUGGGGGAGAGCUGGUGGACGCGCUGCAGUUUGUCUGUGAAGACAGAGGCUUUUAUUUCAGUAGGCCAACCAGCAGGGGUAGCAACCGGCGCUCCCAGAACCGUGGGAUCGUAGAGGAAUGUUGUUUCCGUAGCUGUGACCUCAACCUGCUGGAGCAGUACUGUGCCAAACCCGCCAAGUCCGAAAGGGACGUGUCGGCCACCUCUCUACAGGUCAUGAUGCCCGCAAUAAAGCAGGAAGUCCCGAGGAAGCAGUAUUCCAAAUACGAGGUGUGGCAGAGGAAGGCGGCCCAGCGGCUCCGGAGGGGUGUCCCCGCCAUCCUGAGGGCCAAAAAGUUUCGGAGGCAGGCGGAGAACAUCAAAGCACAGGAGCAGGCAAUCUUCCACAGGCCCCUGAUCAGCCUGCCCAGCAAACUGCCGCCCGUCUUGCUGGCCACGGAAAACUAUGUCAACCACAAAUGAGCCCGCUGCCAGCCCUUUGCACAGACAAGAGUUUGGAGGGAGAAAAAAAAAAAGACUAGGGGAUGAUAGCUUUGUCUCUGACGUCAUUUCUGUGGCAGUCCUCUCUGACCUCCCCUGCCCUGUCCGAGCCCACCAAUCCCUCCCCCUGCUCUCAUCCACUACUUCUUGACCCUCUGGCCCUUUUCUAUUGCCCCCGUCAAACCCAACCACCCACCCUCCUCCGGCACGCAAACAUGCCUUCACAUUCUUCCUGUCUGAAGUCUUUCGCUCCCUCUCUUUCAGUCACUGACACAAAAGGCACAAACACAAAUGAUGAACAAAAAGUUAACAAUUCGGCUGAAUGCAAUUCAGGUGGAUCCUUAAGCAAAAGAGAAAAGGGAAGGGAGAAAAGAAGAUGAAAGAGAUCUGUGGUUUGCAAGUGUCAAGAGGACACCCAGCGGAAUGCUUUUUUGUCCUUGUGGAAGACAACUGAGAGUGAAGAGCAGCUUGCAUGAAAGAAUCCAUUCCACAUCAUUUUUCCUGAGGCAAAAAGAAAAUCUCUGUUAGUUCUUUUUCUUAUUAGUUUGCACCUCUACCUAUAAAGGGACUUCCACACUGUAAGGAAUUAUUUUAUAAAAUUAGAUUCCUGUUCCAGCACCUUUUGAUCACAAACAAAAAGCAGAAAAGAGUCUGCAAAAUUGCACAUUGCCACGGAUUACGUCAAAGUAAAGAAAAAAAUGGCACUAUUUUUUUAUGAACAAUGAACGUGUAGCUUAAAAAAAUGUCAUGGUGCUAGCUUUGGGAAUGGACUCAAAGAAGAGGUUGAACAGCACGUUUUUUUUUCUUUAAAUGAAUAUUAAAACUUUCCGUUUUAUGGAAAGUGUGACUUUAAAAAAGAAAAUAAAGGAUAUGGGGGAGCUCCUGGCAGUGGCAAUGUCAAGGGGGAAGCGUCACUGAGAAAAGAUUGGGGCUGUGUUGGCGUCUACGCUCACAGAGAGUUCUAGCGGCUGCUCAUCACUAGCUUGCCAGCAUAAGCGGCAUGAGGGGACCUGAGACCCAGUCCCUGUUGCUCCUGUCCCUCUGAGGCUGCCGGACACAGGGAGCAGCGUGGGACACAUAUGGGACACCAUGGACUGCCUGGAUUUGGGACAGUACAGUACUACAGUUCUGGGACAGUACUUCCUGUUCGCCAUGGCUUUGCAGACUGUUCGGACAGGAAGUAUCAUGGCAUGGACAAAGAACGAGUGGGAUAAUGAUGAUUAUAUUUUAUUUUGUCUUUCUCUGUUUUCUUUUCAUAUCAAUGUUUUAAUGAAAAAAAGGAAAACCCCGUCAGUUUCUGGUACCGUGACAUUCCUGUUUUUCCAAGUUAGGCAUUUUUUUUUGUCAUGAUGUUAUUUUACAGUUCUAAAGAAAGGCACAAAUUUCAAUUCAAAGGGAAAAAAACAGCAAUAAUGUCAACUAACAAUUUAUUUUUUAAUGUAUAUCAGUAGUAUUCACAUGCUUUUGCCUGAAAACAAAUACUUGAAUAUAUAUAUAUAAAAACAUUGAUAUAUAUGUAUGUAUGCAUACUGUAUAUAUACAUAUAUAUAUAUAAAUAUAUAAAUAUAGAUAUAUAAUUAGUUUCCAGGGACGUUGUGUUAUUUUCCUUUAGUCUGAGCUGUAUCUUGCGUAAUGAGCCGCCAAGCUUUUUUGUUUGUUUGUUGAAAUACAAAUAAGGGCACUGUAUAAAGGCAUUAUUUAUUUUGUUAUAAAAUAUAUUUGAAAAAUUGGUCCAAAUAAUAUACGUAGCACUGAUGCUCAACUGACGGAUUUUUUUGUAUGAUCUCUGUUUUUCGAAUUGGAGUUGUAAGGCUUUUUUGUAGAUGCUUUGUACCAAAAAUAAUGUCUUUUUUUUCCUUUUUUUGUUUUCCAUAGUUACUUUAAAUUAAUAUUUUAACAGCAGCAUAGCCUGGAUUACUUAGGCAUGUCUUGUCACAGACACAGGCACAUACUCUGAAUACUUUGGUCUGCAUGGAUUUCCAGAAACCUGUCAGGGUUGUCUGUGAAAAAGGAAAAAGCAUCAACGAGUGACUUUAUCAGUGGAAAAUUUACUGCUCAACAUUUGAUUGUACUCAAACCCACUAUGUUUUUAAAGCCACUUUAGUAUUGAUGGCGGGGAAAAUGACCAGUCCUUCAUUAAAUCAUGUCUUUAAUUGUGCACGGUGUCCUAUGGUCUUCUCCAGGAGCAUCUUGCCUUUGUGCCAGUGUCACUGCCACAUGUCGGACUGGGUCAUGAGGCCAUAAUCAUGUCCAAUCAGCUGCAGAAUUAUGGUUUAGCCAACAUUUGACUUGCAUGUGUCCACGUCUUAACUGGAGGUGAUGAUAUCAUUAGGAUGUUAGAAACUAUCAACAGUCACACAGAGGUCAUUGUCUAUCAAGGAGAGCUUAUCAUUGUGAAACACCACACUGUUCUAUCUAUGUCUAUCUGCCUAUACGUCUAUCCGUCUCCGUCUGUCCAUUUUAUUUCUUCUCUGUUUGCAGAAGACAAUGUCCCUGAUGUUAUGCAUCAUCAGUAUGCUUAUCUAUACUUUCACGGUUCGUGGUGGACCAGUCAUGCGUUCACUGAAGUGUCCCACCAUUGCUGAACCAUUUCUGAAGCACUCAGGAACAAAAUCACAAUCUAUACUCUCCAAGGGAGAAGUGGAGUAGUUGUUGAGUGUAAUAAUACCCACAACAUCAAUAGUCAUUAUCAUUAUUAAUAAUAAGAACAACAAUAAUAAUAAUAACAACAAGAACAACAACAACAACAAUAAUAAUAAUCUUUGUGUGGAAGGACAGCUGAGGUUGUUACCUCUACCUGGCCACAAUGAUACAGCUCUCCGUAACUAACCACUGAAGCCCGUGUCAGAACCAAGGUCAUUCUGUGCCACACUGUAGUUUCCUCCUCCAUUUUGUCAUGCGUCACCCCAUGAGAUGGAGACUUAAUGCAUACUCACCGUGCUGUGGUAACGUGUCAUCCCAAUACUUCAUAUUUUCUUUGGAAGAUCUCAAUUAUCAAGGCUACUUCCUGUCUCUAAUUAUAUUCUACUUCAGUUGUGCAACAAAGCAGGCAGUGCAAUUAUUAUCAUUGUUAUUAUUGUUAUUAUUAUUAUUUUUAAUAAUAAUAUUAUUAUAUUUUCUAUUUUAAUCUAUAUUUUCCUGCUAGGACUGCAUUCAUCCACUAUUGUAAUGUUCAAACAGGCUACUCUAGUGUUCUUAUGAAUGGUGUGAAAGACAACCACUUCUUUUUCGCUGAAUAUGAAGAGAUAUAUUGCCGGGCAAUGGCAACGUUUUCUGUGUCAGUAGCUCACUCAGCCUGUGUGUAUUUUAUUGAUUUAACCUCUGCACGCUAGAACGUCCGAAAUGCACAAUUCAUGUACUUUCAUUUUUAAUAUCAAUAAAAAGAAAAACAUUUUAUCAAACAUAAA